UGACUGAAUACACUCGCCGCUCAGAGGAGUGUUGUGAGCUACGUUUGGCAAGUGGGCCAAGGACCAUGGCCCUGACCGAAGGUUCCAGCGACCUCCUGUCUCUUAGCAACGGCGCAGCCCCUCUCACCACCACCACCACCGCGACUGCCAAAGACAGCAGUGACUCAACCAGCCCCGAUGCUAAAGCCAGCCCGGACGCGGGUGCAGACGAGGACCAGAGCGCGGCGGUAGCCAAACAGAGGGUAACCCCAACUAAUGAACCCUCGCAGCCAGCUCAGCUGAGUCAAAAUGGCAGUGCCAAGCGCAAUGGUUCCCUCCGCCCCCCAUCCCUGUCCACUUCCUCCUCUUCCUCAGUAUCUUCAUCCCAUGUCACUGACUCUCAGAGGCUGGCUAAGCUCCUACCCAGCACCCUCCCGCCACCCUGCUGUGUCCGCUGCCCCUUUCACCCGCCACCCUGCUGUGCCACCCCUCAGCCUGAGUGCCACCUGUUCCAGAGCCCCUUGCCCCCUGCAGCCAUGCACGUGGGCUCCUGCUGUGUCCAGGGCUCACCUAACUUCUGCAUGCAGCACCGCUGGCGGGAGCACUUCCAGAACCAGCCCAACAUGGCCACACUCAGUCCUACAAGGCCUUUUCGGUUCCCAAAAAGUUAUGCAGAGCUCAUUGCUGAUUGGCCGGUAGUGGUGCUUGGUGUAUGUACUGUUCUCAUUGUGGUGUGUGCCCUCGUGGGCAUCCUGGUGCCAGACCUUCCAGACUUUUCUGAUCCUUUGCUGGGAUUUGAACCUCGGGGGACAGCAAUAGGCCAGCGACUUGUCACAUGGAACAACAUGGUGAAAAACACUGGCUACAAAGCAACAUUAGCCAACUACCCUUUCAAAUAUGCAGACGAGCAGGCCAAGAGUCACCAAGAAGACAGAUGGUCAGAAGAUCACUAUGAAAGAGACAAAAGACAAGCAGAAUGGGACUUCAGUAAGACCAACUUCUUUUGUGAUGUUCCAGGCGACAGCUACUCCCGACUUGUGUUUGCAUCUGCUGAUGGAAAAAACUUGUGGAACAUUCAAGCAAUUAAGUCUAUGUGCAAUAUGGACAACACAAGGGUCCGCUCCCAUCCCCAGUACUGGAACCUAUGCCAGCGUACCACUGCUGCCUCCUGCUGUCCCAGCUGGACCCUUGGGAACUACAUAGCUGUUCUCACCAAUAAGUCUUCUUGUCAGAAGAUUACUGAAAGGGAUGUUUCCCAUACAUUGAAGAUUCUGCGGUCAUGUGCCAAAUACUAUCACAAUGGUACCCUCGGACCUGAAUGCUGGGAUAUGACCACCAGGAGGAAGGACCAGCUGAAGUGUGCUAAUGUGCCCCGGAAGUGCACAAAAUACAACGCCGUUUACCAGAUUCUUCACUUCCUGGUGGACAAAGACUUUCUGAACCCAAAAAACACUGACUACUUUCCACCCUCUCUCAAGUACAGCAUGCUGUUCUCACCCACUGAGAAAGGGGAGAGUAUGAUGAACAUUUAUUUGGACAACUUUGAGAACUGGAAUGCCUCUGAUGGUAUCACAACCAUCACAGGCAUUGAGUUUGGCAUUAAACACAACCUGUUUCAGGAUUACCUCCUGACGGAUACUGUGUAUCCAGCCAUAGCAAUUGUGAUUGUGCUAGUGGUCAUGUGUAUCUAUACAAGGUCGGUGUUCAUUACGCUAAUGACCAUGUUUGCCAUCAUCAGUUCCCUAAUUGUCUCCUAUUUCCUCUACCGGGUGGUCUUCAACUUUGAAUUCUUCCCGUUCAUGAACCUCACUGCUCUCAUCAUCCUGGUUGGAAUUGGUGCCGACGAUGCCUUUGUACUCUGUGAUGUGUGGAACUACACCAAAUUUGACAAACCAAACUCGGAGCUCUCUGAGACUGUUAGUGUCACGUUGCAGCAUGCAGCACUCUCGAUGUUUGUCACGAGCUUCACCACUGCAGCAGCCUUCUACGCGAAUUAUGUCAGCAACAUUACAGCUAUCCGCUGCUUUGGUGUCUAUGCUGGCACUGCCAUCUUGGUCAAUUACAUCCUGAUGGUUACCUGGUUACCUGCUGUUGUUGUCCUUCAUGAGCGAUAUCUCCUCAACCUUUUCACGUGCUUCAGGUCACCACACCAUCGUGGCUUUAGCACUCAAACCUUGUGGACUGGGCUGUGUCAGACAGCUAAUAAAUGUCUGUUUUCUAUGUCGGAGGCCUCCCGCAUCUUCUUUGAAAAAGUUCUGCCCUGCAUUGUGAUCAAGUUACGUUACCUCUGGCUCCUCUGGUUCCUAGCCAUAACUGUAGGAGGGGCAUAUGUGGUCUGCAUAAACCCCAAAAUGAAGUUACCAUCGCUGGAGCUGUCUGAAUUUCAGGUGUUCCGCUCCUCACACCCCUUUGAACGCUAUGAUGCAGAGUACAAGAAGCUUUUCAUGUUUGAGCGUGUCCACCAUGGUGAGGAUCUCCAUAUGCCGAUCACUAUCAUAUGGGGAGUUACUCCAGUCGAUAAUGGAGACCCACUAAAUCCAAAAAACAAGGGAAAAUUGACGCUUGACACUACUUUCAACAUUGCCAGCCCUGCCAGCCAGGUGUGGAUUCUCAACUUUUGCCAGAAACUGAGAAAUCAGAGUUUUGUAUUCCAGUCUGAGGAACAAGACUUCACUAGCUGUUUCAUGGAGACCUUUAAACAAUGGAUGGAGAACCAAGAUUGUGAGGAGGCACCAGUUUACCCUUGCUGCAGCCAAUCCACCUUUCCCUAUAAGCAGGAAGUCUUUGAACUGUGCAUAAAAAGAGCCAUUAUGGAGCUGGACCGCAGUACCAUCUACCAUUUGGACAGCAAGACACCAGGGCCAAGGUUUGACAUCAACGACACUAUCAGGGCCAUUGUGUUAGAGUUUCAAAGCACCUACCACUUUACGCUGGCACAUGAGAAAAUGCAUCAGUUUUACAGUGAAGUAGACACCUGGAUACAGGACGAGCUAAAGAACGCUCCUGAGGGCCUCAGUUACGGUUGGUUUAUCAGCAACCUGGAGUUCUAUGACCUUCAAGACAGCCUUUCAGAUGGGACUCUCAUUGCCAUGGCACUAUCAGUGGUGGUGGCCUUCAGCGUGAUGCUUCUGACUACCUGGAACAUCAUCAUCAGCCUUUACGCUAUUAUUUCCAUCGCUGGCACCAUAUUUGUAACUGUGGGAUCACUGGUGCUACUAGGUUGGGAGUUAAAUGUACUGGAGUCAGUUACUAUUUCUGUGGCAGUAGGUCUUUCUGUUGAUUUUGCCGUCCAUUAUGGUGUUGCCUAUCGCCUUGCCCCAGAACAAGAUAGGGAGGGAAAGGUGGUGUUUUCCUUGAGCAGGAUGGGAUCUGCUAUAGCCAUGGCAGCACUGACUACUUUUGUAGCUGGAGUAAUGAUGAUGCCAUCGACUGUAUUGGCCUACACUCAGCUUGGUACCUUCCUCAUGCUAAUUAUGUGCAUAAGCUGGGCGUUUGCUACUUUCUUCUUCCAGUGUAUGUGCCGUUGUCUUGGUCCACAAGGCACUUGUGGACAGAUCCCUUUGCCCAAGAGGCUUCAGUGUCAGGCUUUUUCAGAGGGUAACUCUACAUCCCCAUCUCACCAUGGCCAAGGGAAACACUCCCACACCAGCAAGUACCAGUUUGAUUCCCGGGGACGAGAUGUGGAGCACGAGAACUACGAACUAGAGCCCCUGGCAUCAAAUGGUAGAAGUGUGGAAAAGAACUCUAUGGAGGAUGAAGAGGCAAGUACCCAGCUGUGCAAUGGAGUUGUUCCUCCUCAUUCAGCUGUUUCCACAGCUCACGUAUCUUUUCAAAACAAACCAGAGCCCAACAGAGAAGGCCCUUGCCCAGAGAACGGGUUAGCCUCAACCGGCACAGACCGUUCUCAAUGCCAGUAUUCCCUCAAUACGAGCUGCAUGUGUGGAGAUCAGUUGCCACAACAGACUAUGGCCACACCAUGGGCCAUGUUCCGUUCCAAUACUCAGGGUGGUGAAAUGCCCUGUCUGGCCCCUCAGUUUGCUUUGACAAGCAACCACAUCUCCAAAAGUCAGAACCAUAUGUCAACAUUUGAAGGAGUGCUCAACCCAGUGGACUGUCAUAGGAAUUGCAUUCAGUGCACACCCAGCCACUUCCAUCACUGCUCAGGGGGUCAAACAUCAAGGCCAGACAUUCAGGGCUGCCACCUCAGGACCUACUGCACCCACACUAUUCAUCUCCAACAGCCUGCCCAUCAGUCUGAUUCAUCAGUGUUGGAAGAGCCCCGUCAGAGGGCCCCUUGUAGCCCAGGUCCACCUCUCGUGAAGGGACUGAUUACCCAACCACAAAGUCAGUGUUCCACAGUUCAAGGUUGUGCAUUACCUCACACACACAGAGACUGCUUUGCCAACCAUGAAAUGCAGAAGACAGGGGAGAAAACAUUAAAACUCCAAACCCCACAAAAUGUACCAUGUAAUCACAUAAACGUCAGUAAAAUACAGGCAACUGAGAAUGAUGAUUAUCUGUCACUGCCUAAUGACAGCCAUGAAAAACUUGAAUCUGCUCCUGUUACACAAAAUGAAAAUGUCAAAAAGAGCAAACGAAAUCACAGAGACAAAAAUGAAAGGACACCCUCUGCCUGUCCCAAAAGACUCAAUUGUUUUAACAGGACUUUGAAUGUUAAGUGCAAUUCUGUAGAGUUUCAUAAGCCAAAAACCGAAGCCAAUGUGCCUGCUCUCACCAUAAGUUCAAAGCACUCAUCUGAAAGUCUAUGUUGAUUAUCACUGUAAAGGAAACAAGAGACGUGAGGAGAACAUGAAGAACAAUUCACAUGUUGUCAUCUUAAAUUAUCAUGUGCAGUGUCCCUUCACAAUUAAAUGUAUGGGAUCACA